GUUAACAACGUUGUUCAGUUAUCUCCGGGCACGUCAUCGGUGCGCGUCCCGUUCUCCCUUCAUGGAAUCAUAUUCGGCUAUGACCGAUAUAUCGGUUAUUAAAUCUUCUUGGUGAUCUUGGAACGCGCCGGCAAACGCGCGUAGUAGUUUCGGAGAGUGCAAAUUCAUCAAAUCCGAGGCAUUUUAUAUUGUCGUUAGCGCGUGUCGGACACAGCCGUGGGAGAGCUGCCGGUCUGAAAUCGUCGGUAUUAUAUCGGGCAUUGCGCCAGAUGGUCAUCGAAUCGGCGGUAUUAACGCCGGCGAUCUUUCCCUGACCGAUUCGGUUCCUUCGAGACUCCGUUCGCAUCCUAAUCCUAGCUCGCAGAGUCUUCCAAAUCGUGGAGCGCUCAUGAGACGACGCGUAGCGGCAUUAUCACUUUGGCAUAUCAUUGAAAAACGAGACAAGAGCCCGGAGAAUGGUGAAACCGAAGAUGACGGCCCUCGUGGCCUCCGCCAUCCGCAAUCUGCGGGAGAUACGCGGCUCCACGUCCAAGGAAAUCAUGAGCUACAUUAAGACGCAAUACAACGCGACCGACACUAAUACGCGGAAACAGAUCUACGCCGCCCUGAAACGCGGCUUGGACUACGGCAUCCUGAAGAAAGAUCGCGGUUAUUACAGCCUCAAUAUGGAUCCCGAUAUGCUGUACAAAGCACACACCGCAGCACCCUUGGAGCAAGGCAGGAGGCGAAGGCGGAGGAGAGGACGAGGCCGAUCGCGAGGUCGAGGACGAGGACGAGGUCGAGGACGAGGUCGAAGGCGAGGUCGAAGGCGAGGUCGCCGUGACACGACAGCCAGGGGCAGAGGCAGAGGCAGGGGAAGGAGGAGAAGGAGGAGGAGGAGGAGCAGGAGCAGGAGCAGGAGUAGAAGGGUAAAAAGUCUUCCUCAAUCGAGGUCCCUCACGGCCAGGUGCAGGUGCACUUCCAGGAAACGCUCGGCGGACGCUCUGAGGGACAUCCUGGUGGAGAGUCUUCCUAAAGGCACCGAGCAGACGCCGUUCAGACAGAGCCGCAGCCGCGAUCGGAGCCGCAGCCCGUCGAGCAACAGCGACAAGGAAAUCGUCGUCGUCCGAGAACGCGAUUGAUCGCGAGUCUGCGCGGCACUUCAGGUUUCGAUCCUUUGCAAUCGCAAAGUAUCCUUUCUUUUGAUCUCGCUGAGUUCACUAAUCACUCUCGCGACAAGCAAGACACGUUGUCACACACGUGCGUCACCUCGUGACAAACGUCCAAUUUGUGUCUUGGAAUCGAGUGUUUUGAAUUUUUACUUCCGAGUCUGAUUGCAAAGGAUCAAUGGCGCUUGAUAUCCGGCGCGAGAUCGACGCGAUGCCUAUACUGAUGCCAGUGACGCGGGGAUAAUUCUUAUGAAUCUACAUUUCGUUUCCAAUCACCGAUAAAUUGCAACAACGAAGUAUAUUUUCUUUUUGUCUAUGACGUUUACAAAAUUUUGUAUGUUCCACAUUUACAUUGUUUUGUGUACACAUUUAUCAAAUUAUA